CAACCGUUCCCCUCUCCCCGCGGCUCCGCCAUCCAUGUCGCUCGACGGCAGCUUCUCCGCCGCCGCGGCCGCCGCGCGCCUCCUCGCGCGGUGCCCGGCCCUUCGCGCGGACCCCCGCGUCCUCGCGCUCGCCUCCACCGCCGGCGGUGGAGGGCCCUCCCGCGAUGACGUCGCCGCGGCGCUCGCCGAGCCGCUGCUCCACCCGCGGUACACCGUCCCCGUCGUCGGCUGCUUCCUCCCGCUCGCCCCGGCCCUCCUCGACCGCGCCGUCGGGCUGCUCCGCGCCGCGGGGGCAGCCGCCCUGCGCUCGGACGACCCCGCGGCCCGCGAGGGGGAGGAGGCGGGGGAAGGGGACCUCCGGGUCGUGGAGUUCUACCUGUCCAGGGGCAGGGGCCUGCGGCUGCACGAGAUCGCGUGCCUCGCGCUCGCCCGGGCCCUCGACCUCGCCCCCUACCUGCUCCGGCAUUUACUAAACUACUUUAAGUUUGCUCCACCACCAUUCCAAAGGUUUCUUUCUGGAGGUGUUCCGUCACAAAUCCCAAUCAAGGGACUUCAUUUGUUGCUUGAUGCCACCCAAGUAUCAUAUCGGUUUCUAGAAUUGGAGCCAAGAGUAUUUUGUGAACAAUGGGACUGGUCUUGCUUUUUAGACCUUGUAUAUAGUACUGCUGACUACAGUUUAGUUGACGAUUCACUUUAUAGUGUUGUGUUGGAUUUAAGAUGGUGCGCUAUACAAAUACUCAUGGUGGUUCUGAAAGCAAGUGAUGAGGCUGUUGAAAGUUUUGGUCUAGGAGCAGACGAAGCAUUUACAUGUUUCUUGAGAUGGAAGGAGUUUUGCACAGAUACUUCCUUGGAGAAAGCCUCUUUGUAUCUUCAAGCCGAAGAAGUUGAUUGUAAAACUGAUGCAGAUGGACUCACUUGUUUGGCUGAUUCUUUGCCAGAUUGGCAUGAGUUUUCUGUGGGACGGCAGCAUGGCAGUGGAAGUAAUAUAUGUCCAUUUGUGCUCACUGCUACUUUGAGAAAGAGUUACGAGGUAGCUUUAAUGGCAGUUAACCAGAAGUGGCCCAUACUUCUCUAUGGUCCUGUUGGUGCUGGAAAAACAGCACUAAUUAACAAGCUUGCACAGAUUGGUGGAAAUCGAGUGCUCUUCAUCCACAUGGAUGAACAAAUGGAUGGCAGGACCUUAAUAGGAAGUUACGUUUGCACAGAAAAACCUGGUGAAUUCAAGUGGUCUCCUGGUUCUCUUACUCAGGCUGUUAUCAAAGGUUUCUGGAUUGUGUUUGAAGACAUUGACAAAGCACCCAGUGAUGUGCAGUCAAUCUUAUUACCUUUAUUGGAAGGUUCAAGUUCUUUUUCGGUUGGUCAUGCAGAGGCAGUUGAAGUUGCUGAGAAUUUUCGUUUAUUUGCUACAGUCACCACCUCAAAGAAUGAUGUUUCACAUGCCCUGGAAGGAAGACUAACCUUUAGUGCUCUGUGGAGAAAAGUUAUGGUGGGUGAACCUAACCGAAAAGACAUGAUCGAUAUAAUUCAUGGGUGCUAUCCAAGCUUGGAGUCUAUCUCCGCUAAACUCAUUGAUACCUUUGAAAAGGCCAAUUUGCUGGUAUCUUACCAGUUUGGUGGGCUCAACUUAGCUGGAGGUUCAUCUGAAUGUCUCGUGCAAAGAUUUUCCUUAAGGGACCUGCUCAAAUGGUGCAAGAGAAUACGUGGAGUUGAUCUCAACUUCAAGGGCCUAGGAUUGUCAUCUAGUUGUUGCAAAUUAAUUUAUUUUGAGGCUGUUGAUAUUUUUGCUUCCUCUUUGUCAUCUCUGGAUAAAAGGCUAUAUGUAGCAAGAGAAAUUGCUAAACUAUUUUGUGUCCCCCAUGGAGCAGAAACCAUAAGUCCUUCUGACAAGCCCAUUAUCCAGGCUCGGCAUACUGACUUGCAAGUUGGUAGAGUUACUCUGCAGUGCAGCGACAAACCAGCGCUUAUUCAGAAAGGGCCUUUUGCUGAUAUUCGGCGUGCAUUAGAAGUUCUUGAGAGGGUAGCCUGCUCAAUAAAGUUCAAUGAGCCUGUUCUUCUCGUUGGUGAAACUGGCACUGGGAAGACUACUCUUGUGCAGAAUCUUGCUUCCUGGCUUAAACAGCCGCUUACUGUGGUGAACUUGAGCCAGCAAAGCGAUAUUUCUGAUCUUCUCGGUGGAUUUAAGCCUGCAGAUGCUCGAUCAAUAUGCUUUCCUCUUUAUAUAGAGUUCAAAGAUCUUUUUUGUCGAAGUUUUUCUGGAAAGGACAAUGAAGCUAUUCUUCGCCAUUGUGAUGUGUAUGUAAUGGAGAAAAAAUGGAAGAAGUUAUUACGUGCUUUGGAAAAAUGUGUUGAGAAAGCUCAGAAGCUAAUUGAUGGGAGUUCUAGGUCUAACAGUGGUUCGAAGAGAAAAAGGCCCUUGCCUGCCCAAGUUAUUUCUGACUGGGACUCCUUUUCAUCCAGGCUAAAUGCCGCUUGUAGUCAAAUUGGUUCAGAAAUUGGCAUGUCAUUUCAAUUUGUGGAGGGUGCUUUUGUAUCUGCUUUAAGAAAUGGCCAUUGGAUUUUGCUUGAUGAGGUUAACCUGGCACCUCCGGAGACUCUUCAGAGAAUUGGCGCUGUACUGGAUGGAGAGAGUGGAACAUUGUGCCUGGCUGAAAGGGGUGAUGUGGACUAUAUUGAGCGCCAUCCUUGUUUCCGGAUGUUUGCAUGCAUGAAUCCAGCAACUGAUGCUGGGAAAAGAGAGCUGCCAUACACCUUUAGGAGCCGAUUUACUGAAUUCUUUGUAGAUGAUCUUAUUGAUGAUGAUGAUCUCCGUCUUUUUGUCAGUAAAUAUCUGGAUGGCCUGCAUGCUGCUAAAGGAGUUGCAGAUAGCAUUGUUCGAUUCUAUAAAGCAGCGAAAAAGGAGUCUGAGGAGAAGCUGCAGGAUGGAGCUAAUCAGAAGCCCCAAUUUAGUUUGAGGUCUCUUUCUCGCUCAUUAGGUUAUAUUAAAAACGCAGAGAGAAAAUUUGGCUUCAAGAAAGCUCUUUAUGAUGGCUUCUGUAUGUUCUUUCUUACAAUGCUGGAUGCCCCAAGUGCAAAAAUCAUCAACAACUUGAUAGUAUCUCUUUUGUUAGAUGGAAGAGUGCCACCUAGAAUUUCAUUUGCUGACUACUUCGUUGAAAAGCCUAAGCUACUAAAUGGUUCUGAAUCUGACGACUUUUUGCGUAGCUAUGUGUUAACUAACAGUGUCACUGAGCACAUUGUCAACCUUGCCUGUGCUGUUUACAUUAAAAAAUACCCUGUUCUCCUGCAAGGUCCCACAUCAAGUGGCAAAACUAGCCUUGUCAGGUUUCUUGCAGCACAAACUGGUCAUGAAUUUGUCCGUAUCAACAAUCACGAGCAUACUGAUCUUCAAGAAUAUCUUGGUACAUAUGUUACUGACAGCCAUGGGAAGCUUCAAUUUCAGGAGGGUGCUUUGGUGAAGGCUGUACGUGAGGGACACUGGAUUGUGUUGGAUGAACUAAAUCUUGCACCGUCUGAUGUCUUGGAAGCUUUAAAUCGGCUGUUGGAUGACAACAGGGAGCUCUUUGUGCCAGAGCUUCAGGAGACCAUUCCUGCUCACCCUAAUUUUAUGCUCUUUGCUACUCAAAAUCCACCUGUGCUCUAUGGGGGACGUAAAAUAUUGUCUCGGGCGUUCCGCAACCGUUUUAUUGAAGUGCAUGUUGAUGAAAUCCCAGAAGAUGAGCUAAUCACAAUUUUGGAGCAGAGAUGUUCAAUUGCCUGCAGUUAUGCCACACGAAUGGUUCAAGUUAUGAAAGAUUUACAAACACAUCGACAAAACAGCAGAGUCUUUGCUGGCAAACAUGGUUUCAUUACACCACGGGAUUUAUUUCGCUGGGCAAAUCGGUACAGACUUUUUGAGGGGAAGUCAUAUGAAGACCUAGCUAAAGAUGGCUAUUUACUUCUCGCAGAGAGAUUAAGGGAUGACACUGAGAAAGCUGUUGUUCAAGAAGUAUUGGAACGACAUCUUCAUGUUAAACUCAGUAUCUCCAAUCUCUACAACAUGGAAGUCAGCUGUGACAAUAACUUGUCACGUGAAUCUAUAAGACUGAGAGUACAAGAAACCUUUGGAAACAUCACUUGGACGGAAAGUAUGUGGAGGCUAUACUUCCUCAUUGAGCGUUGUUACAGGUCACGUGAACCUGUCCUCCUUGUUGGUGAAACUGGAGGUGGGAAAACAACUGUUUGCCAGGUCCUAAGUGCUGUCCUUGGAGUGAAGCUACACAUUUUAAAUUGCCAUCAAUAUACCGAGACUUCAGAUUUCAUUGGGGGAUUCUGUCCUAUACGUGAUAGGUCAAAAAUAGCGAUGGAGUUCAAACAUCUGAUUACAAAAAUGAAGCAGCUGAAAAUAUUCAUUCAUGUUGCAGGAGAUAUGUCAUUUCCUGCUGAUAUAUCUGGAGCUGUUAGUGUGGUGAAUCACAUCGAUGAAAUACUUGAUAGAUACAUAAAGGAGAAGGAACUGUUCCCACAAGUGCCACCUCAUGAUUUUGCCGCCAUGGAGCAAAUUAAGUUGGAUUUGAUGCAACUUCACAAGAGGUGGCAGGCAAUUUUCCUUUGGCAGGAUGGAUCGCUUGUGCAAGCAAUGAAGAAUGGUGAUCUUUUCCUAAUUGAUGAAAUUUCUUUAGCUGACGAUAGCGUACUUGAACGACUGAACAGUGUUCUAGAACCUGAAAGAAAAUUGUCACUGGCUGAGAAGGGUGGUUCUGUGCUAGAGAAAGUAGUAGCACAUCCAAACUUCUUUAUCCUUGCGACGAUGAAUCCAGGUGGUGACUAUGGAAAGAAAGAGCUUUCUCCAGCUUUAAGAAAUCGUUUCACAGAAGUGUGGGUUCCUGCUGUCACUAAUGUUGAUGAACUUAAGAGCAUAGCUAUAGAGAGGUUCACAAAUGCUGAGGUUUCUUGCUUUGGAGAUUGUAUUGUUAAUUUCUGGAUGUGGUUCAACCAGUUGCACACUGGAAGAAUGCUCACAAUACGAGACCUGUUGUCCUGGAUUUCAUUUAUCAAUGUGACAGAGCGAAAUCUUGGUCCACAACAAGCUUUAAUACAUGGUCUGUUCCUUGUUUUACUAGACGGGCUCACAUUGGGAAUGAAUGUUUCUAAAACUGAGGCUACUGAAUUGAGAAGGACUUGCCUGUCCUUUCUUCUAGAAGAGCUGCAGAAGGUCGAGGGAAAACCAUUAAACUCAGACUUACAUGAUCUAAAGAACUAUGGCUGGGGUGACCAUACAAGAGAAAUUGAUAUUGGUCAACCGGAUCAUUUUGGCAUCAUGCCAUUUUAUAUUGAUACAGGUCAUUUUACUCGCAAGCAACAGGGUUUUCAAUUCAUGGCACCAACUACCAGUAAGAAUGUUUUCCGAGUGUUGCGUGGCAUGCAACUUCCAAAACCUCUUCUGUUGGAAGGUAGUCCUGGAGUUGGGAAAACAAGCUUAAUUGUUGCAUUAGCUGGAUUUUCUGGUCAUAACGUUGUGAGGAUAAAUCUAUCUGAGCAGACAGACAUGAUGGAUCUUUUAGGUUCAGACUUGCCAGUUGAAGGGGAAAAUGGAAUGGAAUUUGCGUGGUCUGACGGCAUUCUUCUUCAGGCUUUAAAAAAUGGGAGUUGGGUUCUGUUGGAUGAGCUCAAUCUCGCUCCCCAAUCUGUCUUAGAGGGUUUGAAUGCCAUUUUGGACCACCGUGCUGAGGUCUUUAUUCCUGAGCUUGGUCAGACGUACAAAUGUCCACCGUCCUUUCGUGUCUUUGCAUGUCAGAAUCCUUCGUCGCAAGGUGGUGGGCGGAAAGGCCUUCCGAAGUCCUUCUUGAACCGCUUCACAAAGGUUUAUGUUGAUGAGUUAUCAGAAAGCGACUACUCAUUCAUCUGUAAAUCACAAUAUCCAUCAAUCAAGGAUGACAUUCUAAAAAAGUUGAUUUCCUUUAACAAUAGACUCUACAUGGAUACCAUGAUACAUAAGAAGUACGGCCAAGAAGGAUCUCCUUGGGAAUUUAAUCUACGUGAUAUUAUUAGGUCUUGUGAGAUGAUAGUUGGUGCUUGUGAGACAGCAAGAGGAUAUCCAGAAACCUCAAUGGUUGACUGCUUUCUAAAUACAGUCUACCUUCAACGAAUGCGAACUGUAGCUGAUCGCGAAGAAGUUGUCAAGCUUUUUGAAGAAGUCUUUCAGACAAAGUAUAGCAUUCAUGAAAUAAAAAUGCUUUAUGUUAAUCCACAGUGUUUGGUGGUUGGAAGUGCAUCUAUUAGAAGAAAUCGCGUCCACUCUUGCAAAGUUCAGAAUAGCCAACUCAACAUUCUCCCUGGUACCCUCCAUAGCCUUGAAGCUGCCAUGCACUGUAUCAAUCAAGGUUGGUUGUGCAUUCUUGUUGGACAACAUUCAUCUGGGAAAACCUCAUUAAUCCGCUUGCUUGCUCAGUUAUCUGGCAAUACAUUGAACGAAGUUAAUCUAUCUUCGGCAACUGAUGUGUCAGAAUUGUUGGGAUGCUUUGAGCAGUAUAACUUUUUUAGGCACUAUAAAGUGGUCAUAUCUCAAGUUGAGCGUUAUAUUGAUGAAUACUUCAGCCUGAGUCAAUAUAUACAGUGGAAGAGUUUGGUUGCAGACAGGAAGACAUUGUUUGUAAAAUGGUUUGAAUUUGUAAUUGCAAAGAAGUUCUCUUCAAUUUGCAUUUCAACCCUUGUUGAAAUGAGCAAGAAUUCAUCGUUGCCAUCAUUGAGCUUGGUCAGGGACAUAGUUGAGGAUAUGAAGUGUGAUAUGGAAAUGUUUGACUUGCCUGUAUCCUUCAAUAAAGAUGAUUUGAGUAAAACACUGAGGUCUAUCUAUUACUUGCAGCAGAGUGAAGCUGUACACCAACCAGUUAAAUUUGAAUGGGUUGCUGGAGACUUGAUCAGGGCUAUUGAAUGUGGUGAAUGGAUUGUUUUGGACAACGCAAAUUUUUGUAACCCUACUGUUCUCGAUAGGAUAAACUCUCUGGUUGAGCAAGAAAGGUCAAUUGUAGUUAAUGAAUGUGGUCUUGUGGAUGGGAACCCUGUAAUUCUGAAGGCCCAUCCCAAGUUCCGAAUGUUUUUGACAAUUAAUGCAAAACAUGGUGAGGUUUCAAGAGCUAUGCGAAACAGGGGAGUUGAGAUCUUUCUGAUGAACCAGAAUUUAAGUAUAAACGGAUGCAGCAAUGCGGCUGAGGAUAGUGAGAGGAGGGACAUUACACGGUUUCUAAUUUCCUGUGGCAUACCAAGAAUGGAGUUGGUUUCGUCUAUGAGUGAAGCACACUUGUAUGCAAAAGCUGCUGGAUUGCGUCUUGGUAUAAACAUUACACUUCUUGAGAUAACAAGAUGGGUUCAAUUGUUCAAACAACUUCUAAUUAAAGGAAAUCAGUUUCUUUGGAGCCUUCAUCUAAGUUGGGAGCACACUUACCUGCCAUCAUUGGGUGAAGUGUGCUCUAACAUUGUCGAGGAGGGAAAACUUAGGUUUUUGGUUCAUUUUGAUGUUUCUUCAGCUGAUUUGCAUUAUGGAUUUUCGUUAUCCUUGCCUGGUGGUUGGCCAGUUGAACAAAAACUAAAGGACUUUAUCUGGUAUUCAAAGGAAACUUGUGUCCAAAGAAAUUGUAUGUAUUUGCAGUCAUUGGGUUCCCAAUACGCUGCUUAUCAGAUAAGCACUUUGAAAAGUAAUUCAUCCUUGUUGGGACCUAUCACUAGCAUCCACCCAUAUAUUCUGCCUGCCACGAGUUUAUUAGAACUGCAGUUUCCAACCGUUUCUGAUAAGCAGUCUGUCAAGCCUUGUGUAACUGGGUUGUUCAAUUCAGAAUUAGCUGAUCAGAUGCUUUUUAUUGCUGCAAACUGGGUAAUGGAGCAAUCUACUGAAAAUGAUCUUAAAUUGUAUGCCAUAUGGUUCAAUUGGUGCAAUCACCUUCUCCAGCCUUACUGCAACUUCUUUGAGAACUACGGAAAUAUACUUAAGAAAGAAAGUGACCAUCCUAUUUGGCAUAGCAUCCUUGAAUGUUACAGGGAAAUAGUUGCUUAUCACAAGAUUGAUGUUGUUGCUCACCCUAUUCCAUUGCUUUCAAUGAGAUUGCUGGAUAUGACUUGUUCUGUUACCCUUAAAGAUUGCCAUAACCGGCUUCGCAACUCUCGUAAUGGUUUGAGCUUGUUGCGACUUACUUUGCAGCAAUGGCAACUCGAGACAAAAUUUCCUGACCAUGGUAUAAUGGAAGUCACUAUGUUGCCAGCAUUGAAGUCCCUCAGGUGCUUGGAGGGUGAGGUACUCAAGAUGGUUGUGAAAUCACGGAAACUGCUGCAGAUAUACUCUCGUCUCAUUGAUUAUCACAGGUCAAUAUGGAAGAUGAUACUCUUAUCUCAGUUUGAGGGCUUGCCAGUUGUUUGGAAUCUUUUGAAGAAGGAAAUACUAAAGUUGCAACCGAAAUUCCCAGUAGAAGUCGGUAUCUUUUUGAUGGAAAGUGUCAAUCUCAACAGCCUCCAAGAUUUCAAUUUACAUUAUGACAAACCAACUUUGUGGGUUUAUGGUGGCCACCCUAUUGUACCAUCAUCUGGUAGAAUCUUCUACAAAAUCCAAGACAUCUUAGCAUUUUCUGCAGCUGUUUGGCCAAGGAAGAAUCUUCUGAAGGGACAUUUUGAUGACAACCAACACUUCGUUGAUGCUAUGUUGUCAGCCAAUCAGGAUCUUAGAAACCUUGCGAUGGAAGGUCUUUCUAUGGCUUCUCUUGCUGCAACUAUCACCGAGGAAGAAGAUUCAACAGUAUUGGCCCAGUUGGAUGAAGUUCACAAGAGGCUUGUUGAGAAGGUUGACUGGGAGAAGAAAAAUCUUGAAUUUUUGUCCAAGGCUUCAACUACUGAAGUAAAAUUCUGUUGCUCUGUCUCAUCAGAUGUUUUAUGUAACAUGCACGGUUUCCAUGGUUGGGUAGCAAGUCUUCCUUUGCUCAACUUGAAGAGCCUGAACCUGGAUACUGUGUUACUGCAACGGCUAUCCAAGUGUGCACAAUUGGACUCCUCUGAAUCUCAUCAGAUUAUUGCAAACAUUGAAUAUAUGCUCAAGUAUGCUAUGGACUUCCAAUUGGGAUCAUCUUCAAGAUCUCCCUUUGAGUUUACUCAACAUCAGAUCAUUUGGUGGAUUCAUCAUGCUUGGGCCACAGUUGAUAACGUGCAUGUAAAAGUUGCUAGUUCUAUUCUUGAAAUGUGGUACAACUACCAUACUUUUUUGUGGACAUAUUGCUCUGGGAGACCAAAGUUCUCAGUUACCCAUGAUGAAACCUGCGACCUUGCACACCUGACAAAAAUGGAUGCAAUCGAUACCAUCCUUCAAGAGGAUUUACGUGUGAUGGAUUAUCAGAAGAACCGUUUAGUGCUUCGAAUUUCAUCAAGAAACCUCUGGGAAGGUGUCUCGUUUGCGGGAAACUUUGUUCUUAGUCUACAUUCUGCUGCUGAUUCCCUCUUUAAACAGAUCAUAGUUGUCCAUAAGAAGCAUUUCAAGCAAGAAGAGUAUAGCAAGUUAGAGUCCAUCCUCUUCCAACAGUCUGAACAUCGUGUAAAGAAAGAAGAUCUUGACACUGCCUGUGCGCUGUUAUCACGUUCAAGUCAUGGAGUAUUGGCUUCACUCGCUGGCUCGCAUGAGCUAAUAGGGUCCUUACUUCUGGAAUUGCACUCACCGUUCUCACAGGGUUAUUUGAUGCAUCUUGGGGCUGCUUGGGUGUACAUUGGAGAGUUGCGCUUCCGGUUAUUGUUGAGCUCAUAUAAUCCAGAUCCUGCAUUCGAAUCCGCUUUCAUGCACUCUCAUAUUCUGGAAAAGAUUUCACUACUGGAGCUUGAGGGAAAGGUUCGUCAUCAGUGUGAGGAAUUGGCUGGGUCUAGCUCUGAGGAAGAUGGGUAUGAUCAGAAGUUAUUGCAAGAACUCAAAACAAAAGAGAAGAGCAUCCGGGCAAAGGUUGUAUUUCGACCUCCACAAUCUAGGCAUAAGAGCCUGAUUGUGGCAUGCUGUGAGUUUGAGGAACGAUUGUCUGAAUGCAAGUCUCUGUUGACUAGUUUAAAUGGUGAUGGAGUUGGGCAAUUAGAGAUUGAUAGAGUCUGCAAUUGGCAGAUAACAUCCAGAAAUUUCAUCAAGAGACUGACAGAGGAGUAUGUGGAAUAUGUUGAUUUGAUUCAACCAAUUCAAGUUGCUGUAUAUGAAAUGAAACUUGGGUUGGCAAUUGCUCUGUCUGGUUAUCUUGAGAGGGAAUAUUUGAAGAAGAUUAAAGAAGAUGAUAUUGAACGAGCUCUGGGUGCAAUUUUUGCUAUUAUGCAAUUUCCAAGUGGAUCUGCUACUGGCAAUGUUUCAGUGGACAUGCCCGAUUUAACGAAAUAUGUAAAUGAUGAUCAACUGGAAAUUCGCUACAAUGAGGUCAGUGACCUUGCUAUGUUGAAGAAGCUAGCUGCUGUGUCGAGUCAAUUGCAUGUUGGUGAAGUGGCUGACAAAUUGAGGUCUCACUCUCAGAUGCUAGUAUCAAUCCAUCAUAUUUCUUUAGUACGGACAACAUACCGUGUCUGCUAUUCCCUUAUCCUGGAUAAAACAUCUUAUCUGUCGCUAAAGGAAACAUUUGACCAGUUUACAAGCAUGUGGGUUGACAUGAAAUCUAGUUUGAAGGCCAGGGAAAAUGAUGAUUCACAGUAUUACAAGUUCAGGUCCCGUAUCAUUGAUAUACAUGAUAUCUUUAAAGGAGACGUGCCAUCACUUUCAGAUAUGGAUGCAGAAGGCAAUGCUGUAGCAGAUACUGAAGAAAAGUUAGAGCAGGAUUUUCUUAAAAUUAUGGAGAGAACUGAUGAGAAAAAUAGUGCUGUUGAAGACUCGUGGGAUCUCAUACCAGAAUCUAUUCUGAAAUGUAUUGUAACAAUACAUAACCAGUUAUUUGGUUCGCCAGACCUUGUUGAGAAGCCUAGUAAAUGCCAAAUUAGUGAUGACCUGAAAAUUCAAUCUUUUAUGGACUCAUAUCAACUGGGAGCAAGAAUUCUGAAGGACUUGCCAGAAUUGACAUCUUCAACAUUUGAUGAGAAACUCAUGCCUGAGCAUCUACUUCGUGUUUGUCUGGAAUAUCGACAAACUUGUGCACCAUCUUUAGAAUGCAACACCUAUAACGCUUACAAGGAUCCAAACCCUUCUAUAUUGUUCAAAAUGGUUGAGCCAUUGACUGCACUUCAAGAAAAAGUUAGAUACUUUUUGGACGAGUGGCCUGGUCAUCCAGGUCUUCUGAAAAUAUUAGACAUAAUUACUUCCCUUUUGGCAAUUCCCCUGAGCACUCCACUUUCAAAGGUAUUACUUGGAUUGCAACUUUUGGUUGGAAAAGCACAAACAUUGCAAGAAAAUGACUCCAAGUUCUUCUUAAAAGACCAUCUUCCACAAUUAUUCAUCAUUGUGUCUUCAUGGCAAAGGCUUGAGUUAGAAUGUUGGCCUAUACUACUUCAGGAGGUGCUGGAGAAGUACGAGAGCAAUGCUCUAAAACUAUGGUUUCCAUUGCGAGCAUUACUCACACAAUCCUGUGAUAUUUCAAAGAACGAGGAAAUAUCUAUAAUCAAAAGUGUUGAGGAGUUUGUUCAAACAUCAAGCAUUGGUGAAUUCAAGAGAAGGUUGCAUCUCCUACUGGCCUUCCAUGGUGAACUUUCUGAUGGUGCUGGUGUUGGUGCUUAUUCAAGUAACUCGUUGAAGAAAAUCCAGAAUAUUCUGUACAACAUGUUUGGGUACUACAUGCAGUUCUUGCCACUUGUUCUUGGGGAAAUUGAAGGUGGUAAAGGAUCAAUAGAAAAGGACUUGAAAGAUCAGGUCAAGCUUUACCGUUGGGAGCAAGAUCCACACAGUGCUUCUAUUGAGAAUUUCAAGAGGACGAGGCAAAAAGUUUUUAAGCUUCUGCAGUGUUUCAAUGAUAUUUUGCAAAAACCUGUGAUGGUCCUGCUAAAUCAAGAAUCUGUGGCAAGAAAAGUUCCAUGUUGGCUUGAUCAACAGAUGCCUGAAUCAGAGUUUCCUGUUGACCUUGGGAAACUUAGCGGAAGGUUUUUGUGGUACACUAAGUGGGCAAAUCAGGCCAAAUUGUCAUUUCAAGCUUUACAACAUACAAAUGCUACUGAUAUUGGAGUUCAUAAUGAAGAGUUUGCGCGUGUAGUUUUCCACAAUACAAACUGCCAACAAGCUGAAAGUGAACUUGAGGACAGAUUGUAUUUCUUUUGGGCUGCAAUUGAGCGGAUUUGCAAUGCAGCUGAUUUUGGUUCUAUACUGAAAAGUGGUAAGAAGAACCAGAAGAAAACUGCUCUAUCCAAUUUGUUCAAGACACUUGAGGAAUGUGGAUUAUCGAAGCACAGACCAAUGGGUCGUGAGGGAAACGAGUUGGCUGCACCAAGCCCAUUUUUAGAGCAGUCGUAUAUCACGACACAUUUGCUCCAGCAAGUGAUCUCGAAGAAAAUGCCUGAAGAUGCUAGCGUUGCUCAUGCUACCCUCUUGAGCACAAAUAACUGGAAAAAUGCAAAUCAGCAGUACUUCAAAUGUUUGGCAAUGAUGCAACAACUUCGACAAAUUUCCUUGAAAUUUAACAAAGAUCUUGGUUUAGAAGAGGUUAAUAGGGCUACAUCUUUUAUGGAUCAUCUUUUAUCCAUCAUGUCUGAACAAAGACAUUUUGCUUACAAUAUGUUUGAGCAAUUGAAUGAGUUUCGGCAUGCAAUUUUGUUGUUAGGUUCUGGAGGUGAUAGUGACUACCUUUCGUCAUGCCAAAGUGUACUGCUGAAUUCCAUGUGGCAGCAAAAGCAAUUUUUUGACAACAUACUGGCUACGACCAUGGAUACCAACUUGCUGCUCAGAAGCUUCAUCGAUUGUCAUCAUGAUCCUUGUGACAACAUCCAAGUAGAAGUUUCUGCAAUGUCAACGCUUUUUGAAAAGUUCAUCGCAAGAUUUUCUGAAUCUAAGGACUUGUUAGACAAAUACUUACUCGGAUCCAAUUAUAUGAUCGCUGGCUCACACAAGAAUAUGCCUCUUGCUACAAGAGAGAUGGAGCAACUUGUUGCUGCAAAUUGCCAGCUUAUCAGCAUGUUUAGGGAGGAUAUCCAAGUUCUAUGCCACCAGGAUGUUUCGAUGAGAUCUGUUAAGAAAGUUCUGCUCUCUCGGUUUGAAGAGUUGCUGGAGAAGGGGAAUUCACCAAUGGCGAUUUUAUCCAGAAAAGUUGAUGAAGACAAGCAUAUGCUAUCCUCCGAUGUCCUACACAAUCUUGAAGCUUCAUAUGCAGAAGCUUUUAAGGAAAUCUUUUCACUGGCUGUUGGUGUUGUUGGAAAGCUCACUGAUCAGGGAAUAUCCACCGAUGGAACUCAUGAUUCAUUGGAAGGAAAUAUUACUUUGUGGAAAGAUAUUUUGCAGACAUAUGUCAUGAACCUUCAAAUGGGCCAUUUGUUUGAUGCUAGUAAAAAACUUACUGUUUCAGUGAGGAGGCUGGUCGACAUUAAACCUGAGUUGCCUUCUAGUAUAGGGAUGCAGUUAAUGCAUCUUCAUGCUUUGCUUGGUCUGGUCCUAUCAGCAGCUGAAGGCAUUCUUUCUGAACUUUUAGAAGCUCAUAGAACUACAUCUGAAAUGACUCAUGCACUUGGGGAUCUUUUGAUUCAUCUAUUUGCGGAAGGCUUUGGUUCCACAGAUGAUACAACUGAAGAUGCUUCAGAUGGACCACAGCAGGAUGCAACUGGAACUGGCAUGGGUGAGGGUGAAGGCAAAGAGAGUGCAAGUUCUAAAAUAGAUGAUAUAUCCCAACUUGAGGGGACAGCUAAUGAAAUGGAUGCUCUACGUAAGCCAGACCAAGCUCCUAAGAAUGAUGAUGAUGCAGUUGAAAUGCAAGACGAUUUUAAUGCAGAACUGUCUGAUGUUUCUGAGGACCCUGAAGGCAAUGAUUCAGGCGAUGAGGAUGAUGACACGAACUUGGAGAAUCAGAUGGGUGAUACUGGUGAUGCAAGUGAAAUGGUCGGCAAGAAAUCUUGGGAUAAGGAUGAAGAUGAUGAUCCUAACAGAUCCACUGAGAAGUAUGAGUCGGGUUCAUCAGCCAAGGAGACACAGAAGAAUGAUAGGGAACUGAGAGCAAAGGACGAAGGUGCUCUUGAAGAAGAUCCCAUGGAGACAGAUUGUGAUGAGCAAGGCAAGAAUAAUAAUUUGGAGGAUGAUCCUAGUACUUGUGAGGAUGUUGAUCAGGAUACGAAUGACUUAAUGGACAAAGCUGAUGCCUAUGAUGAUCGAACAGCACCUGAACUCCCUGAACCAAAGGAUGAUUCUGAGGAUGUGGAUAUGGAUGGGACAGAACAUAUUGAUGAAAUGGAUGCUGAUGGUGAAGAACUCAGUCCAGAAGAGGAAAAGCUAGCAGCAGAUGGGUGUUUAGAUGCUUCAGACGAUGUGGAGGAUGUAGAUGCAGCUCAACAUGGUGACAAUGAGAUUGAUGGUGAGCAGGAGCAUGCUGAAGAUGGACAGAUGGAGACAAAUAACAUGGAGAAAGAACUUCAUAAUAUUGAGUCACUUGAGCAUCCUUCACAAGGCAUACAACCAAAUAAUGCCGAAAUGGACUAUAACAGAGAAUCUGAAUCAAACUUGGCUAACAGCACUGAUAUGAACAGUGCUGCUGCUCCUUCUGUUAAUUUUUCAAGCAAUGAAGUCCCUAGUCUGGAAAUAUCUAUGCCCAACUCUGGGGAUGGCUCUAGGUUAUUGUCUAACUCUAAGCCAGAGUUGCAGACUGAUACUCCACCAUCGCAGAUCAAACAGACAAAUCCUUUUAGGAGCAUUGGAGAUGCAAUGGCGGACUGGAAAGAACGGGCCAAAGUCUCAGCUGAUACGCAGGAUCAUCAACCAGAAGCUGAACACCAUAUUGAUGAUGAAAGUGCUACCGAAUUUCGUUAUGUGCCGGACAGUGAGCAGAGCACCUCUCAGGCACUGGGUAAUGCAACAGCUGAUCAAAUCAACGAUGACCUGCAAGUCAAACAGUCUUCCAUGGAGGAUGAAAACCGUGUGCAAAAAGAGGAACACAAUACUGACAGGGCACCUGGAGAUGAUCAUAAUCUUGAAGUGCCACAUCUGCAAGCUUCACAAUCACGUACCAACAAAUCUGAAAAUGCCAACAACCUUGAGCAUAGAGAGAUUCAAACUGAUACAUAUGUUCAGGAUUCAGUUCAAGGUGAAACAGACGAGACUUUUGGAGAUUUUGUUUCGUUCAAACAACCUCCAGCAGAUGAAAAAACAGUUAUGCGGGAUGAUUUAGCCAAUGACAGGGAGUUGUCUACUCCGAUGGAAAUCAACAUCACUGAUGUAGAUAUGAAAGGUCCUAUUGUUGACUGGAAAAGUGUUGAGCUCACAACUAUGAAGUUGUCCCAAGAACUUGCUGAGCAAUUGCGCCUUGUCAUGGAACCAACUCUUGCAAGUAAGCUUCAAGGAGAUUACAGAACUGGAAAGAGAAUAAACAUGAAAAAGGUUAUUCCAUAUAUUGCAAGUCAUUUCCGCAGGGAUAAGAUAUGGUUGCGCCGAACUAAACCUAAUAAACGUAAUUACCAAGUGGUUAUUGCUGUGGACGACUCACGGAGUAUGUCCGAGGGCAAGUGUGGAAAAGUGGCUAUUGAAGCAUUAGUUACAGUCUGCCGGGCCAUGUCACAACUUGAGGUUGGACAGUUUGCAGUUGCAAGUUUCGGGAAAAAGGGAAAUGUCAAAGUGCUACAUGAUUUCGAUCAGGUCUUCAAUGGAGAAGCAGGAACGAAUAUGAUUUCUAGUUUGUCCUUUGAGCAAGACAACAAACUUGAGGAUGAACCAGUUGCUGAUCUCUUGAUGCAUCUGAACACAAUGCUUGAUACUGCCGUGGCACGGUCACGUACACCGUCAGGGCAAAAUCCACUUCAGCAACUCGUACUAAUAAUAUCUGACGGGAAGUUCCACGAAAAGGAAAAUUUGAAGCGUUGCGUCAGGAAUGUCCUUAACAGAAAGAGGAUGAUCGCAUAUGUGCUCCUAGAUGGUCACGAGGAAUCUAUCAUGGAUUCACUGGAAGUAUCCUAUCAAGGUACCAAACUAACCAUGGGGAAAUAUAUGGACUCCUUUCCAUUCCCUUACUAUGUCAUGCUGAAGAAUAUUGAAGCACUUCCUCGUACAUUGGCUGACUUGCUUAGACAGUGGUUUGAGCUCAUGCAGAGCGCUAAUGAAUGAUCUUUUGGAUGCUCAUCAAAGUAACCGGAGGAAGAAUGCCCUCGCGCCCAUCACUGUAAUUUGUGUAUAGAAUACUACCAAAAUUUUGAGUCCCCUAGGCUUCUAGCUGCUUACACACUUUGGGUUAACAACUGUUCCAAGGCCUGAGCUGUGUACAAAAUAUACCACAUUUCGUUGUAAACUGCAUUUGAGAAAUGCAAGCAAUUUUGUAGCUACUACUCAUGACUCAUGAGCGUCUGGAAAGAAAUUUCCUCUUCAUUCCCA